AUAAAAUUAUUAUAACUAGCUUCCCUAAUUAAUAGCAUCAUCACCAGUUGAUUGAUUCAAUCCAUGCCAAUCUCGUGCUUAUUUCUCUCCUAUAAACACAACACAACAUAACCUCUCUAUCUCAGCUAUGGCUGCCUGUGGGAGCCUUCAACCUCUUUUCGACAAGCCCUUGCCGGAAACUCCUUCAACUCUUCUCGAAUCCCUCUCUCCAUGGAACCAAAUCAAUGCUAUAACACCCAUUCACCAAUCUUCUUUUACUGAAAUAUUUGGCGAGCUUCAUUUCAAAGAAAUUUCCGACUCUUCUUCAUCUUUGAUUGAUUUGAUUCCACCAACAGAAACCCCGAAUCUCGCCAGAAAUGAUAGUUUAGACAAAAAGGCUACGUCACUAGAUUACUUAUUAAGCUCGCCAAAUAAUUAUCAUCACCACCAAUACUCGAGCUGUCACCGGAAAAGUGAUAGCUUUUCUCCAAGAAGCUAUGAGAGCUUGCAGUUAUGCACAGAGGGACUUGGUUUUGAAAGUUUUGAUGAUGUUGAGGAUUUGAAGAAUGAUAUGGUUGAAGAUCGGCAAUACAAUAAGGAAAAAGUAAGCAUCGUAAGGCAUUCAUCGCCAGACGAUCAAAGAGGAGAAAUCAGGCGGUCCAGAUUGAAGGUAGGAGCAUUUCCGCCGCCAAUUUCAUGUAUAGGGAAGAGUGGAAAACCUUGGGUUUCCUUCAAGUCUUAUCGGCACGAUGGCAGGUUUGUGCUUAAACAGGUAAAAGUUCCCAGUCAGGAAUUUUUACAUGCACAUAGAGAAGAUGGACGAUUAAAGAUGAACUUUAUUCAGCCACGUGAUGAAAUAAUCGAAGAAGGAGAAGAAGAAAACUAUGCAGAAGAGGAAGAGAAUGAACAAGUAAGCAAAGAAGAUCAAGAGCAGUAAACAUGAAGGGGUAUUCUCUUAGUUAGGAUUAACUUCUACUUCACCACUGUACUAUGUAGCACGGAAAUGGAAACAUUGAAACUUGAAAAUGCCAAAAUAAGAAUCAUAGAAACUACAUCAAAAAAGGCUAUAGAUAUAAAACUUCAAAGUUUCAAAACGUGUUUUCAGAAACCGAAACAUAAAAGUCGAAAAGUUUCCGUAUAACCUAGCCACUGCAUAAGUUUCCUCCACAAUUUUCCGUAAGUCCUUAUUCUUAAAUAAGAAAACAAUGAUCCAUUUAUAUCAUCGUAGUAAGGUCUUAUUUACUGCAUCUCAAGUGUUCACACUUCAAGACCAAUUCUGUGCGUAAACCACAGGACUGCACAUUAUGUAAUACCAACAGUCUAACACUACACCAACAAUCUAACACUACACCAACAAUCUUCUAAUUUUCUUUGAGCUUGCAAGCACAUGUAAGUAAUAAACUGUAUAUAAAAGCUCCAUAUAUGUUGUACGGGAA